GUCCUACGGCCCUGAGGAGCUCAUAUCAUUCGAGGACCAAACUCAACGAAUCUAUUUUCCCCAUGCUUUUAGCACGUCCAACGCGCCCAAGUGGGUGACACCAGAGCCCUGUAGAGGAGCGCCUCAAACCCUGCCCGAGGACCUCCCGAACAGCCAGCCCUUGUUGAACGGUGAACUACGGUGAAGGUUCCCAUGAGAUCUGGCGAAGAUCAAUCUGGGGGACAUCCGUAUUGCCUCCGGAAUCCGCAUGUUGUCAUGCGACAAUCAGGCAACGGAGCCGGAUCGAGCUAGGGAUGUUCUCAGAAGAGCUGUAUUUGGGCGCACCCCAAACGGCUCUUCUUGUCCACUCUCUUGCUCCCGGUCACGUCCCCUCGUCCUUCCAUGGCUCCUCCUCCCAGCAGUCUCCGCGGGCUUCCUGGCACUGGUCCGCGCGCACGAGCGCAGAGUGACGCGCUUCCGCCGUCCUUUGCGCCGCCAGUGAACACACCGCUGUACUCCCAUGCCUCCAGUUACAGGUCACUUCAGAUGGAGCUCUUGAUCUAUAGCCCCUCCGUGAAGAUGGUUUCACGACCGUAUACGACGAACCAGGCCUUGGCCGUUUUCAGUGACCAGGACAUUGUGAGCGGAAAGGUCAUCUUGGAUCCGAGCUGCCAGGUUGGACGGUUGAGUGUAACGAUCGAGGGCGCGUUCCUCUACUCGACGGAGAAGCCCAACGACGAUAUUGCACCGUACGGAACUACCCCGGCCAAGAGGAAACAUGUGUUCUUUUCGUCUUCCAAAGUGACGCAAGUAGCAGCAACCGACGCGAGGGAGCCGAGGUCCACGCUCCGUGAGGUCUUUGUGCUCAAGCGACGCCCCAGUGGCUCCAACAUACGGUCCUUGGCCCUCGAACCCCGUGCUUUUCCAUUCGCAUUUGAGCUGCCUCGGAGCAAACGAUCUGGCGAAGAGAUGCCGCCGACAUUCUGCUCGUCGGAUCCUAAAUGUGCCCCGUUCGAGGUGGUUUACCAAAUCUCUGUGACAUGGGAGUCUGCUGACAUCACCGAAAACCCAUCCUUCCUCGAAAUCCCCAUCAUACUGCACCCCGACACGGGCUUUCAUUCGCUGAGUGCGGUGGCGGGGAACGACAGUUCUUGGUUGGAGAUUCCACUCAAAACAGACAGGCCAAUCGCGUUCCGCUGCGCAGUGACACUGCCCACAUCUGUAACAUUCUCACGGGCGUCUUCGAUCCCCUACUUCGUAGUGUUCACCACAACACCUCGCUCGGGGACAAUGGCACGCGAGAUAGCCGCCGACGCGACUAUUUCUAUCUCAAUCUUCAGCCAGAUUACGAUCACCGAGACGGCGGCCUUACCGAUCACCCCACCCAUCACACCACUCAGCGAGUCUUCCUCGGAUUCUCUGCCCAUGUCGCAGCCACGCACGAGGCUUCUGCGGCGAGUACGAUCCCGGACUUCGCCAUGGUCUCCACGCGCAGCAGACGGAGAUGUCCCCGACGCCCCACUACCGCGAUUGCCGACGCAGACGGCGUUCUCGGACACGCAGACGAUCCAUUCCUCGAUGUUUAUUGGCUUCCCGAAGCGACCGAGGCACCAGCAGCAGGGUGGCCCGAACGAGCAUCCGACGCUCGAGUCGCAACGUGCUCUCCCCGAUGGGUUGCACAAGGAUAAGAUCCAGCUCCGGCGCGACAUGCUGCCGACGAUCGAUUGGGCUGGCAUUUCUGUCAAGUAUUACAUGGACAUUUCCGUUCUUUUCGGUCAGGACGAAGUUCGAGGACGCGUCCCUUUGCGCAUGAUCUGAGACCGUCCCCACGACACACACCCGCUCACACACACAUACACACUCGCUCGUUACUUCCAAAACACUUCGUAUUCAUCAUACUCAUAGACCCCAGUAUAAGCACUAUCCACCUUUCGUUAACCAUCUGUACAUUUGUAAAUAAGUAGCAUUGCUUUCAUCAGCUUCGCAGGUUCCAUGCAUGGUGAUCAUCACCGUGCGAUGUUGAGCAUGGAGAACAGAUGGACGUUGCACGUGCACCUUCCUCGCGCCCACAAUGUCCGUUUUUUCCGUCAGCCGGCUCUGAAGCGAUGUUCCAGACCACUGCGAAUAGCAGAACGCGAUCACGUGAUGGUGCUAACACGGUGUCCACUGCCAGGAACAGGCUAGCCUCAAUCCCGCUACAGCUGCAAGACAGACGGAUUGUUCAUAUUUACUGCUCGAAUUUACAUAAUUUGGGGUUUAGCGUGCGAUCGUUAUCGCUGGGACUCUUCGGCAAUCCCUUCCUGCAUGUCAAGUGUAUACGGCAGCGGAACUUCUCUCACAGCUCGAUACUAUAAUAACCGACGAGGUGUGAAACAGCUCAGAGAACGAUCUGGCGAGGCUCAGACGUAAGCGCAAGCGAACCACUCGUUGAGAAGGACCGGUUACAAAAAUUCCACUGCCACCGCCGAAAGAUCUCCAUCAGCCCAACCAAAAACGAGCGGAGCAUCGGGUCUGGCCCCUGGACGGGGAUAUACAGGAUCCACAUGAACCGUAUCACCGUGUUGAUCAUCUAGAGAUCCGCCGCGGAGGUCAGAUGCGAAUCAGCUGGGCAAGGGCGCAGGGAAGCUGACGAUUGCGGUGUAGUACAACUGCAGAAGUGGAUUGAGUAUGGGCAGCCGGAUAUUAGGCGGACCACGCACCGGAACGUGGUUCGAGUAGAUCAGCUCGUUCCUCAGCAACCAGUGCCGACUGUGCCUUCGAAAGAUAGACCAGUCCAUCAAAAAGUCCUGCGAGCGGUUAGGUCAGCGUGUGUUACGCCUUGCCGACUGCAUAUGGAUCCUCGGCCUACCCAUGUCGUAUUUGCUGCCUGCACGAAAUGGAGCGGCGCAAAAAUGUGACCGAGAGCCGCUUACCUUUGUGACGCCAGAGAAAGUAGCACAGAUAGCUGAUAAUUCCAGACCAGUACUUCCCGGCCUACAUUUCCACGAGGAGGAUCAGCAUGUCGUUGCGGAGGGGAGACGGCUAACAUUGAUGAGAUGCGUCGUGAGCUUCGAAUCGGCGUAGCGCUUUAUGCUCUGCACCAUGCGGAUGACGAAAGGCAGCACGGCGAUUACGAAAGACAGCGGCCAGAGUUUCGACGUGCUUCCGCAUUUUCGCCAGUCGGCAUCAAGACUGCGCGCGUAAACACAGCUGACCAGAGGGAUGUUCGAUAACGUGAAUUCCAGGCUCGUGAACUGGUCUCUGCAUCUUGAUCUUCAGAAUUCCGAACGGCGUAGGACAGCUCUCGAAGCCUUACCCCAUCCAAAAGUCCGUAAACUGGGUAGCAUCAGUGGGCAGCAUCAUUCGAAACAAGAACCACGGAACCUCGACGCGCUUCAAGCCCGAUUUGAGCAAGUUCGCAGUGCUUUUGACAAGCCAGUAUCUGGAGGGCCUAUACAGAAGGGGAAAAGGGUCGAACAUCACGAUCCCCGUGAACGCCAGCCAAACCAGUGGCCACGUCGCAGGUGCCACAUGGGCAUCUAAAAUCCUGGAAAAGGAAAGCCAGAACGCAUAGCAAAGGGCGGUGAGAAGGAUGGCGGGAGUCUGAAAGUAUUCGCGGUGGUCGAGACGCGUUCUCAGGUCUAGUUCUGAUGGGUGCCGGCGUCUAUAAUUGAUCGAAGAAAGCAGGCAAAGAACACGGACCGAAGAUGAAAACGUAGUUGAUCCGAGAAUGCGCCCAGACAAGAAGAUUCAGCCCUACCAGCAACGCAAAGAUGGCGGGGAUAGCCAAGACCCCGUAGAUGAACAUUAAUCCGUCCCAUCCGGGGAUAGCGGCACGUGUAUUUGGUUGAAAACCUGAGAACAGUUCAAAACGAUGUGCUAGAGCGCAGAGACUCGACUAUAC